AUGCCGUCUUUACUUGAACUCCCCUUGGAACUUCUUUGUCAAAUUGUCGAAGAAACAAUCCCUGCAGGGUUUGAGGCCGCAGCCCUGUCUUGUCGGACUCUGUUCGCUGCCAGCGCCCCUUUCCGAGCGCAAUAUGCUACCCACCGGAAACGCUUCCGACACUUCGCGUUUUCGCGAAAGCUUGAUAGUGGGUCUGACUCGGAAGAUUGCUGGGAUGAAAUCGCCCAAGAAACAGGCAUCCGGAUCACGACCACACGAGAGCUGUUGGAAUAUAUCGCUCUGGAUCACUCUGUGAUUCGAUAUAUCCAGUCCAUUGACCUGAGAGAUCAUGCGGAUCUGGAGGAAGAUGAAGAUCUAUCAGCCUCCCUUGAAGCCGAGGUCUCUGAGACUCUCAAGGAGUUGGUUCUUGCAUCGCCAUUCAUGGAAGCUUUUAAGGGCGACCCGGACGAGUGGGUUAGACAAAUCCGAUGGUCCGGAAUAUAUGCAGACGUCUUUCUUCUGACCUUGCUAUCGCACGUGCGAACUCUGACUUUGCACCCGCGUUGGGAAGAAGUAGAUCAAUCGGGUGGGCGAGACCCUCUGGUCUCCAAACGUCUGUGGCCGGUUCUCGAUAUGAUAACGUACCGCGCCAACAAUGCUGAAGAAUUCCCCAAUACGCCGUUAUCCAGGCUCUCCGUUGUCAAGCCAUCCUGUGACGAGGGCUAUGAAGAGAGGUCUCCAUUGACACCAUUUGUACCAUUCCUGGCAAUCAAUUCCGUCUCCGAAGUCUCCUUAAGAAGCUGCCUGUUCAUUGAUGACGGGUAUACUGGAAUCGAGUUCGAUCCAAUGGUGGAAUGUUAUAGCACAAACUUACGGAAACUGAGUUUGGACGCAUGUGUCGGUGGCGCGAAGGAGCUAUCACAGCUACUCUCGCGAAUUCCAAACCUGGAGAUAUUUGAGUAUUCUCAUGAAACCAAGUGGCAUGGCUGCGGCCAUAAUUGGAAUAUUGGUGUAUUCCUGGCUACGGUGCAGGAUGUCUGCGCAAAGACACUCAAAGAAUUGUCGGUGACCAUAUUCAUACAAUAUGGUAAUAGAGGAGCCACGUUGGUGGAUAUGACUGGUUUCCAUAAAUUGGCUGCUCUUGAAUUGGACAUCGAUAUGCUGUGCAGUCCGCCAUAUGAUCCGUCGAUGAAAGAUUGGCAAUGGGACGACGGUGAGGUGGAUGGCAGUCCAGCAUGGCCCAAACUGAGGGAUAUGUUGCCAACCACGAUUGAAAGGCUCAACUUGUGUCUCAACACGUUCAAUGAGGACCAUCUGGAGUGCAUCACCCAUUUAAUUGAGGGCCUUUCAGAUGCUCGGCCCACAAAGCUACCCCAUUUACAGAAGUUGAGCAUUUCUGUACGGAUGGACUUCGCACCCACGAUUCCCGACGUGGCACUUGAGCCUUUAAAUGCUGCGAAAAGAAGUGGCUUUUCAAUUCUGCAACUUGGUACAUCCAUUUCUCUUUUAUGA